UAAAGGUCCUGAAGGUAGGUGGCCCUCUAAGUGUUGUUUCCAUUUUUCCUACAGAGAAGUUGACUUGGGAUUGUAAGCUGGGCUAGUUGAGUUCAACUGUGUGCUUGCCCUGGUUAUGCGAUCACUGAAACCAAAGGUUCAGGGCCUGGAAUUGGAGUACACGCUGUUGGAACAUUACCACUUGACCCCCAAUGUCUUUGAAAAGUUCGUCGAACAUGUAAGGUGGCAGAUGCAAGUCAAAGUGGAAGCCAUGCAGGUGGAUCCAUUGUUGAAGAAAACUGAGAGGAAGAGAAAGAGAGAGAAAAACUUCAAAAAGAAAGAAGGAUUCCGAGAAGCGUGGAGGCCCUCCAACAGCAAUGAGCGCGCCGGCAUAUUCAGCCAAAUUGUUAAAAUCGUACCUGUUAUAGUUAUAAUGAGACGCAUAACUACGAAAAAAUGUCUUCCUUUUGCUGACAUUACUGAAGAGAGAACUCAUGAGAGUUCUCCUUGCUUAAUGCGAUAAAAAUUUUGGUGAUUCUCUCAGCUAAGUGGUGUAACUGCCAAACCCAAUUCUGUGAAUCUGAACAUAUCAGGAGAUUUCACUGUUA